AUGGGUAUCUGGAAGAGGAAGAUCACAGCCGAUGAUGCUGCCAUCGGACAGGGCACGUCGCUUACACUGAAGCAGUCGCUCAUACCUAAUGCUCUGGUUACGUGAGUGAGCGCGGGCACGUCAGGGGCGUUGUGGUGCUGACGAGCGAUGUUCCAGGAUCUUGUUCUUCCUCUGGGGCUUCGCAUACGGCCUUCUCGACGUUCUAAACUCGCACUUCCAGACGGAGCUCAACAUCUCUGCCAGCAUGGCCUCCGGACUGAGCGCUGCUUACUUCGGAGCAUACUUCUUGUGCCCGCUCACAUUCUCUGGCUGGAUCUUGCGACACUAUGGUUUCCGAGUAACCUUCAUGUUCGGAUUGGCAGUGUUGACUGUUGGCUGCCUGCUAUUCUGGCCGUCGGGUAUUAAGGCGAGCUUCGGUGGCUUUUGUGGGAGCAUGUUCGUGGUCGGUGAGUGGUAAUCUUUUGUCAAAUGGUGGCGAGAGCUCUCCACUUUGGAGCAUGCCACUGAUUGUGACUGCUCAGGUGCUGGCCUUUCGACCCUCGAGACCGGAGCAGACAACUUCCUCUCCAUUUGCGGCCCUCCUCGAUACUCUGAGAUCCGCCUCAACCUCGCGCAAGGUGUCCAAGGUGUGGGCUCUUUCGUCGCUCCUCUGCUCGCCUCUCGCGUCUUCUUCGCGAACACUGUCGAUGACAAGCAAGGACUCAGGAAUGUGCAAUGGGUGUACCUAGGAGUAGCAUGCUUUGUUGCUCUUCUGAUCCUUCUGUUCUACAUUGCACCCUUUCCGGAGAUCACGGAUGCCGACAUGGGCGUCCAGGAGGUGAGAAGAAAUACAACACUGUCGUGGGACGGAACCAUGAGUUCUGACUUGGCGCGUAGGCUGAGAUUGGUGCUUCAGACCCAGGUGCACUUCGGAAGCAAUACAGCUUGUUCUUGGGAAUAUGGAGCCAGUUCUGCUACGUGAGUAGGAGUCAAUCAUCUGACUAGGCCGAAGGCAAGCAACUGACAAGAUGCACGCGCAGAUCGGCGCCCAAGUCGCCGUUGCAAACUAUUUCAUCAACUUCUGUAAAGAAGCGGGAUACAGCGCUUCCAUGUCCAGCAACCUUCUCGCCGUGGGCCAAGGACUCUACGCCUUCAUGAGGUUUGUCACCGCCGGAUUGAUGACAUUCCCAAUCUUCAAGCCUCGUUACAUUUUGGGAUGUUAUCUCGGCCUCUGCUUCAUAUUCGCAUUGGCUGCAACUCUGACCCAAGGAGCCAGCAGUGUCGCGAUGCUCAUCAUUGUUCUUUGCUUCGAGAGCGCGUGCUUUGCGACCAUUUUCACCCUCGCUCUCCGAGGCUUGGGCAGGCAUACCAAGCGCGGUGGAUCUUUCCUGGUUGCUGCGAUUUCUGGUGGAGCUGUGAUUCCUCCCAUGACCGGUGCUGCUGCCACCGGCAACGCUUCCUCACCACGCGCGUUUCACCAUGCGAUGGCUAUUCCCACAGCAUUCUACGUGUUAGCAUGGAUCUUUCCGGUGAGUCUGAAAGAAGCGGCCUCUUCGGCAAGGCAAGGACCAAAGCUAAUGUGCUCCCAUUCUGUAGAUUUACAUCAACCUUUUCAAGCGUGACAGCUUGGAUGAGCACAGAACAACGACCUUGAAUAUCGACCAAGCUCAUGCCGUCAACGUGAAGGAAAUGGAGCUUGAGAGGAAUACCAGUGUAUCCGCCGAAGAGCAUGGCAAAGGUGCCAGCGAGAAGAUCGAGAGAGCAUCGUAA